CUCACACACAAAUCACGUACAGCACCACACACAAAUCACGAAUCCCACCUCACACACAAAAUCAAGAAUCACUUCCUCUCACACACAAGAAUAUGCAACUUGGUUCCAUUGCACACACAUGAGCAGGAUUUUCAACUUGGUUCAGUCUUCUCUAUUCUCUCCUUCUCAAUUGUACUUGUGAUUUGGGGAUUUAGUUUUCUACUUCUCAGAAUGGUAAAAACAAGAAAUUUGAACAAAGCAAGUGGCCCUAUUGCAAAAAAACAAAGAGGUGAUCUUUCUCGUGCAGGAAAAAAACAAAGAGAAUGUGCAACCUCAGAGGAAGAUUCUCCAGAACAAUUCGGGAAGAGGUUCCAAUCUGAUGAAAAAGUUAAGAGAUACAAAGCUUUCUCAAAAAAUAACUUUAUUCCAGAGAGAAGAGUAGAACUCCAACCUGGACAAUAUGAUGAUUUCCAACAUGAGUUACAGAGGAGGAACUGGUUAAAGCUUGCUUCACUGCCAAAGCACUUCAACCCAAAGGUUGUCAAGUACUUUUAUGCUAAUGCUUACACAUUAGGAGAGGAGGGGCCAAGAGUGUCAUUUGUCUUGGGAAGGAGAGUUCUUUAUGACAGAGCAACAAUCAGUGCUUAUCUAGAGGAUCAUUUGGGUUUGGAAGAAGCAAAGUUGUGUGCCUACCAAAAUUCAAUAAGAUCAUCACCGCCUAGUUUCAAUUACAAGGAGGUACUAGAUACCUUAUGCAUACCAGGUACCCUUAUGGAGGAGAGCAGAAAUGUUGUUGAGAGGGCUGAAAUGAAAGUGUUGACUGAGAUUUGGAUGACUUUUAUGACAUCCAACAUCAACCCCACUUUACAUACAUCUAAUAUUAAUCUGUACUAUGCGGGCUUGCUCUAUUGCAUCAUCCAAAAGAAAACAGUUGAUAUUGCAAAAAUAAUUUCAGAUGAUAUUCAUAGAAUUGCAACAUCCGAGAAGCCUAUGCCUUUGUGCUUUCCAUCGCUCAUCACAGAGUUGUGCAGAUUUCAGAGGGUGAUUAUCCCAGAAUACCCUCAGCUGGAUAUUAGGCCUCCAAUCAAUGAGAAAUUUAUUCAGCGUCAUUGUAAGAAAGAAGAAGCACUUCCACCACCCUCACCACUUCUUCCACCACCACCGGAUACGCCACAAUCAUCUCCAGAUAAUCCAACCACUCAGCAGCAGAUUCAGUUGAUCCUUGCACAACAGGAUGCUAUCCGGAUAGAGCAGGUAGAACAGAGAGACUAUUUGGAGCUUGUUUCUCGACAGCAGAGAGCCACAUAUAGGGCUACUACUUCCAUGUAUAGCCAUAUCAGACGUUUUUUUCAGCGUCAGGGACCUGAGCCUUUUGUGUGGCCUACCGAUGAUCAGUUCUCGAGCUAUGCUGAAUGACCUGGGGACAGGCCAAGUUCCAGGGAGGAGGAGAGAGUUGCUGGACAUGGAGAUGGAGAUGGAGCUACUACUUCUGCAGCAGCUGACUUGCCUGCUGGUGACUACAUGAUUGAUGAUCAGGAGCAGGAUGGAGCUGAGGAUUGAUGGCUACAGCCACUUAUCCAAGUUCACUUUUAUUUUAUGUCAUUUCAGCUUUCUAACUUUAGUACUUUACUUGGUUUUUAGUUUUAUUUUGCUUUGAACUUGGUUUUACUUCGUGAUAUUUUGCUUUGUUCUUAACAGCUAGCACAUGUUUGGAUUUUGGGUUAGGAAUUUGUUUUGCUCACUGUUCUGAAUUGCAAAUGAUUGGCUUUUGGUUUAGUUAAUGAGCAUGGACUAUGAAAUGCUAAGUUGAGCAUGAUGUGUGUUUUUUUUUUAAAAAAAAAAGUUCAUAGUUCAUUGUGAUUGCACUCACUUGGUGUCAUUAUAUGAUAUGAAUGCAUCAUUCACGUGAAUGUCAUAGGCUCAUUAUGAAAAUGCUUCAAAUCAGGGACUCCUAAGCCUAGUGAGGAGUGUAGCCAAACACUUGGUGAGAUUCGAGAGGUUCACCAUUGUUUUGCACAGUUUUACUUGUUUGAGUCUCUAACUGUUGAAUUGCAUGGGAAUGAUGGAAAAUGAUCAAGGCAUUUUUGUUCUUUAGUGUACAUAAGCUACUUGGCCAAAUAAGCUGACCGUUGAUUAGGAAUUCCAAUUGCAUCCCCUUUGGAAAUUUUGUUUUUCUUUGUGUAUGAUCCCAAACUUAAAUGAAAAAAAAAACAAUGUUCUCCCUUACUUUUAAGUUAAGAGAGCAUUUAUGUGAGGAUUUUAUGCUAAUGUGCUAAGUUGGGGGGAGUGGAAGCUUUGAUAUCUUUUUGCUUAACUUUCUAUCCUUUGUACAUAUAAUGUUUGAAAAAGAAAAAAUGCUUGUGUAUAAUGGUUAAAAAGAAAAAAAAGAAAAAAAAAAGAAGAAAAAAAAAAGGAAAAAGAAAGGGGUUAUGUGCAUGAAAUUGUGUAGAAGGGGUGAAAAAGAGGAUUGGUAGAAGGAGAGUGAAAAAUGUUCAUAAUUCUUGCAUGAAUCCAAAUGUAAUUGCUCUCUUGAUUUGAAAAUAUCUUGAAAUCUAGAAAAACCAAUUUUCUUGAUAACCCUGGCCACAUUACAACCCAGAAAGACCUUUGUGAUUCUUGAGUUUCCAUGCAGUUUUAAUAGUUGAUGAGACAGGUAACAAGUUUUACAUGUUGUGAUUCAAUGGCUGAAUAGUGUGAAACACUUACCUCAUAGAAAAUUGAAGAGUUGAGUAAACAGUUUGAUGAUAAUUUGAGUGGUUCCCUGAUUGAAGAAUAUUGGAUUCAAUGUUAUGCCAAUGACUUCAUGCUGGUGUGUUUUUGUAUUAUUACUGUAACCAUUUGUUGUGGGCUUCACAUGUUCUAGUUGGUAAUUGAUGCUUGGAUCAUGCUUGUGAAAAGAAACUUUGAGAUGAGUAGUUCAUAUGCCAUGCUUGUUCAAGAACCUUUGUGAAUAUAUUUUUUUUGAUAGCCAAUACCUUUUGUUUGAGGGCAAACAAAGUUCCAAGUUUGGGGGAGUUGAUAAGUACCAAAAAUACCUGAUUUUCUCUACUAAUUUGGGUACUUUUCUGUUCUAGAUGUGUACAUUAUCUUCCAAAUUAUCCCUCAAUAGGUUAAUUUAGUAAGUAGAUAGUUUUUAUAUAGAAAAUACAUAGAUAUGUUAGUUUUAUCAUUUAAGCUCUUUGGUUUUAUUGUAGGAGAAAAGUCAAGAGAUCCAAACAAUUUCAAAUGAAAAAGGCUACAAAUGUUGAUCUUCGCUUAAGCCAAAUGCUGGCUCGCUUAAGCCAAAUUAUAUGGCAGUAGCAGUGGCAAGUAUGUUGAUCUUCGCUUAAGCCGAAUGUAGCCUCGCUUAAGCCAAAUUACAGGGCAGUAGCAGUGGUUCUGGAAGACAAUUUGGCUUAAGCGAGAAAUGGUCUCGCUUAAGCUGAAAGACCUUACCUGAACAUGAAGAAAUCUCCUCGCUUAAGCGGAACCUUUUUCAGCUUAAGCGAAAAUGUGCCCUGUUUAUAAAAGGCUCGACCAAGAUCAGAAAGAGAUCAUCUUUUGACCUAUUUUAGACUUUUGAGAGAGAAAACUUCAGAGAGAAGAAGGGAGGAACUUUGGGAGCUUUGAUUCACCAUCCAUCAAGCUGGAAUCAUCACCGAGGACGGCACGGAUCAUAACUUUCGUCUUAGUUCUUCUUGUAAGCAUAGCAUCCAUGUCUAUGGCUAGCUAAACUUCUCUUUGUUGGGUUUGGGUGUAAUACUUGACUUAAAUGUAUCCAUCUUAGUUCUCUUUCAUAUGAAUCUAGUUUAUCUCUUGAUUUCAA